UGCAUGUACAUCUGUCUCUCUAGUUUGUUGAUAUUGCCGUAUUCAGGAUGGAUCUAGCUGCAUGGUUCCUACUGAUUUGGUUUGCUGUCUUUACUUUCAGAGUUGAAGGGGCACGAUGGAUGAACGUAGACGAAGCAGUAAGCAGAAACGUCUUAGAGCUGGAGAGGAAGAACGAGAAGCGAUCUUUAGUUGAUACAACACCAGGGGAAAUUAUCCAAAUAGAACGAGACACCGAACUCAUAGAAAAUGACGUAGUCACUACCAUAGAUGGGACAAACGUCACCCGGUAUUACGAAACAUUUCAUGGAAUCCCCGUAUACGACACCGUUGCUUCAAUUGAAGUCGAUAGUGAGCAUGGCACAUACACUGGACAGGCAUCUGGGCAACUGCUUCAAGACAUACAAAAUGACGUCAUAUCUGUUAUCCCAACUCUGAAUGAAGACGAGGCUCUCAGCCUUGCAAAACAUUUCUUUGGUGGUGUGGUCGAUGAAUACAGUAAUGAGAAAAUUGAGCUGGUGAUUUAUCCAGUAUCAAAUGUUGCAACACUAGCGUACAAGAUAUCAUAUAUAGCGUUCGAGAAAGGAAAAAUUGCAAGACGCCUUUUCAUUAUCAACGCAAAUUCUGGAACACUUUUAAAAGAAUUGAACUUACUUCCGUCCUUUCAGGUAAAAGCCACUGGCGGCAAUACAAAAAUAGGAAAAUUAGAAUACGGUAACUCUAUGCCAUUCCUAGAAGUCAGGGGAAAUGAUGGACAGUGUAUUUUAGCAAAUAGUAGGGUAAAAGUUUACGAUCUCAAGCAUGGCAAAAAAACAAAAAAGGGAGAUCAUCCGUACACAUUUGAUUGUCGAAACGGAAUUGCCGACGAGAAAAAUGGUGCUUACUCUCCUCUCAGUGACGCUUUCUUUUACGCUGAUAGAGUUUUCAAAAUGUACGAAGAGUUUGUGCACGCGCCAGUUAUAAAGGAACAGCCCGUACAACUUUGGGUUCAUUACGGUGAAGACGCUGUCGUUGCACAAUUUUCCGGUCCGAUGCUUAUGUUUGGAGAUGGUCGAAAGAACCUGUUCUAUCCGAUGGUUUCCGCGGACGUCGUAGGUCACGAGUUGACCCAUGGAUUCAUAGAGGAACAUUCUGGGCUCGAAUACAGUGGUCAGUCUGGGGCGCUGGACGAGUCAUUUGCGGACAUCGCUGGAGAAGCGGCCGAAGAAUUCAUCUUUGGGAAACAUGAUUACAAAUCUGGCGAGGACAUCUCCAUGGGGUACAAAGUUCGUGAGAUAUGUAAUCCAGAAGCUGACGGUCGGUCAAUUGACCAUGUCCGGGAUUACAGCGACGACUUGGAUGUCCACUUCACGAGUGGUGUUGUCAAUAAAGCCGCGUGUUUGCUGUCCAAAGCCGAUGAUUUCGAUAUUAUGAAAGUGUUCCAGAUAUUCGCUCAUGCAAAUCGUUUUUAUUGGCAUCCUACAACAAACUUCAGCGCGGCCGCUUGUGGGAUUGCAAAGGCAGCUUAUGAUCUCGGUCAUUACACUGAUGAUAUUUCAGUUGCUUUUGAAAAGGUCGGUAUCGAAGUUUGCGCAAUGGAUAACUAUACGCGAACCCUUCAUACUGAUGCAACCAUCAAGCGCCUUCAGGCAAAAGGUGACGAAAAGAUUGUGUUCAAGUUUAAUAUUAAGGUGGGGAAAAGUUUCAUGGUUUAUACCAUGAAUGGAGACGGCGAUGUUGACGUUACCGUAGAUGCAAAACGGAAACUAAGGGGAGCAAAACCCAUGUAUUCUUCUAAAUCCAAGGGGAAUUUAGAAAUGAUAAACAUUGAUUUAAACUUUAUGAGAAAGGGCUACAUUACUUUGAAACCAAAAAAGAAAUCAAUGUUUUCUGGUGUAAAGUUCAGCGUACGCAUUAAGAACUGAGUAUUGUAUAUUGCAUUAUAAUGUAAUCUUUUUCCAAAUGAUAUAUUUCAGAUAAGCAAUCAUUAUGAACAAUCCCUUAUAUGUGUGAUUAAAACUGUUAUAUAGCAGUGCAUAUUUCAUUUAGAGAUAAGAUAAUAUAAUAAUUGGUUUGAAUAAAAAAAAUACU